AAUUCACGAAACAAAUUACAGUCGGACUCAAUUUUCAUUUGUAGAGUCAGAGUACUUGCACAUCAAGUCAAUCUCACGCUAGAUCUAGAUCCAAGCUACCCUAGUCAUCUUUUCGAAAUGCAAAACAAUAGUUCUAAUGAGGAUAGUUUGUUAGAAGACGAAGAUGAAUCCAGUCAUGAUUUGUCGCCUUUCGAAGUAGAUUGGCUUGAUCUUGAAUUUACUGGAUGCCAACAAAAGCUAGGCAUAUGUGGUCUUCCUGGGUGCCGAUUUAAAAACAGAUGGAGGAAUUUAACACAUGACAUUCAAUGCUUGAAACAGGAUGGAAUCCAGGACAUAUUUUGCCUUUGUACUAAAGGGGAAUUUUAUAAGUAUCGUACUCAGGAUAUUCUAGACAAAUAUUCAGAUGCUGGCUUUAUUGUGCAUCACUACCCAAUAGAAGAUGGACAAGUUCCAGUGUUUACAGAUCUGAUGAAAAUUGUUGAAGAUAUGCGCAUUUGUGUAAUCUCUGGCAGGAAAACUAUUAUUCAUUGCUUUGGAGGGCUAGGUCGUUCAUGUGUUGUGGCUGCUUGUCUUAUGAUGGUACUAGAUGAGAAUCUAAGCUACGAAGAAGCAUCACAAAAACUAAAGGCUUUAAGAGGAAAUGGUGCUAUUCAAUCUGUCAAGCAAUACAACCUGGUAACAGACUUCCGUGACCUGCUCACCAAAUUCAGACAAGACAGUACAUCCAAUGACAGUCGUUCUCUUUCAAGAUAAGCCAGUUGCACCGAUAAGGUUGGGUUGUUAAAAAUUUGCUGAUGUAAUUUAUACCAAUAAAUUCAAUCAAAACA